AUGCUUCAGUCUCCAGGGCAGAAUCAGACUCUGCUUUUCCAGCCUCGCCCGCGUUCGCUGCUGCUGCAGCAGCCCGGGCCGCCUGCAGUGGGCGCUGGGGAGGGAGCAGGGGAGCCGCCUGUGGCUCCGGGGCCAGCGCAGAUAGUGGCUGGCAGCCUGCUGUCCCUGCUGAUUCUCUGGACGCUGUUCGGCAACGUGCUGGUGUGUGUGGCCAUCAUCCGCUUCCGGCACCUGAGGAGCAAGGUCACCAACAUCUUCAUCGUGUCCUUGGCCGUCUCUGACCUCUUGGUGGCCCUGUUGGUGAUGCCCUGGAAGGCAGUGGCCGAGGUGGCUGGCUACUGGCCCUUCGGGGCCUUCUGCAAUGUCUGGGUGGCCUUUGAUAUCAUGUGCUCCACUGCCUCCAUUCUGAACCUCUGUGUGAUCAGCAUGGACAGGUACUGGGCCAUCUCCAGCCCAUUCAGGUACGAGAGGAAGAUGACACAGAGGGUGGCUUUGGUGAUGAUCAGUGUGGCUUGGGCUUUGUCUGUCCUUAUCUCCUUCAUUCCUGUCCAGCUCAACUGGCAUAAAGGUGGGGAUGUUGGUGGCGGUGGACCAGGCACUACCUCGGCAGCAGCGGGCACUGGCACCACCUGGGCGGAAGGGAUUGGCACCACCUGGACAGUAAUAUCGAAACCCUCUGAGGGGACCCCCGGCAGCAAUGAGACUCUUGAGGAACAGGCUGAGAGCUGUGAUUCCAGCCUCAACAGGACCUAUGCUAUCUCCUCCUCGCUGAUCAGCUUUUAUAUCCCUGUGGCCAUCAUGCUAGUCACCUACACGCGGAUCUACCGCAUUGCCCAAGUGCAGAUCCGGAGGAUUUCCUCCCUGGAGAGGGCAGCCGAGCAUGCACAGAGCUGCCGGAGCAACCGCGUUGACUGCCACCACCACACCAGCCUCAAGACUUCAAUCAGAAAAGAGACCAAGGUCUUGAAGACCCUCUCAGUCAUCAUGGGAGUCUUUGUCUGCUGCUGGCUGCCCUUCUUCAUCCUGAACUGCAUGGUCCCCUUCUGUGAGAGCCCCCCUAACGACCCCCAUGCUGGCCUUCCCUGUGUCAGUGAGACCACCUUUAAUAUUUUUGUAUGGUUUGGCUGGGCCAACUCAUCCCUCAAUCCCAUCAUCUAUGCUUUCAAUGCUGACUUCAGGAAGGUUUUCUCCAACCUCCUAGGGUGCAGUGAGUUUUGCUCUAGCACUCCAGUGGAGACAGUCAAUAUAAGCAAUGAACUCAUCUCCUACAAUCAAGACACCCUUUUCCAUAAGGAAAUAGUGACUGCUUAUGUCAACAUGAUCCCUAAUGUGGUUGAUUGCGAGGAUGAUCCUUUCGACAGGAUGUCCCAGAUCUCCCCAGACCAUGAGAUUGCCACCGACUCUAUGUGUGAGCUGGACUGUGAGGGGGAGAUCUCGCUAGACAAAACAACACCUUUCACUCCAAAUGGUUUACAUUAA